AUGCCUCCCUCUCGCUUUCACUGCUCGCAUCGCUAUCGUCGUCGACGAUGGCACAUCCAUGCGCAUCACAUCGGCCUCAAUAGAAACACGCAGUCAAUAAUCCACUGCCCAAGACAUAAAAUUGCACCUCUGUCUGUUCUCGAUGGAAUAGCAGAGGUUAAUAUUACUGUCAAAGCACCAUUACCAUCAAGAUCACAUAUUGACUGCCUCCUACAUUCGAUGAGCAAUAUCUCUCGAUCAAAAUCACAGGUCUCAGACGGCGGUAGGCGUCGAAGAAAGAAUACCUGUGAAGCAGAUAAUGAGACUAUCAAAGAGAGUGGAAGUACACCAAUGGCAUCUUCGGAUAGCGGUGUCGAAUCAGCAGCGGAAGUAGAUCUGACCGAGAUGAAGGCCACCGACUCUCCAAUGUCUCGCGGUGCUUCUUCACCUCGUGAUCAUUGCGAUCUAUUGCUCUGCGGUGAUUGCAAUGCCCAAUUUCCUAUCGCACAUUUUAGCACCUUCAUCGAGCACAAGGUGUCCAAUUGCGGUGGAAAGUCGACACCAUCGGAGGUGGACGAACGCCCGAGUCGACGACGGAAUUUCAGUCAUGGAAUGGUGGCACGGUGUGUCCGCUCAUCAUCGGCUAACCCGCUCAUGAUCGACUAUCAUAUGGGCAAUAUGGAUGUGACAACGGAUACUGACGAUCUCGAUUCGCUAACCAGAACCGUCACGUGCCACUCGUGUAAGCAGCGACACAGCGACAUCUGGGACCUCCUGAAGCACUGCUAUGCAGCCCACGGUCUUCGAAUCUGCCAAGAAGAUCUCCCUGAUGAGGGUGAUGUGUCAUGUACGUCGUACAGCUCGCCGGUGACAUCGGCCGAGUCAACGAUCAUGCUCUCAUCUGUGUACAGAGAUGAUAAAAAUGUGCUUAGUAAGGGACUGCAACCGUCAGCGAAGAGCGCAUUCUCGCUGAACGCGUUCUGUUCAGAACGAUUGAAGGAAAUUGCCGAGAAGGCUGGUGAGCAAGAAAAUAACAAUCCGAGCGGUUCACAUGAUAAAAACCAGAAGAGAUCGUUACCACCAGAUGAGACUGACGACGAGCAUGUUACCAGUGCGUUCACAGCCACCACCGGCAUCACACCUCCUCGAAACAGCUUGGUGUCCCAAAUGGCUAUGGCUAUGCAACAUCAGCAUCAACCGCCUACAUCCUCUCUACAGAACAUGUGGAUGCAGCCGUCAGUCUUAUCUGCAAUGCAGGACUACUAUACCCAAAUGUCUCAGUACCCAAACUUAUCACAACUGAACAACACUGCCACAGCAGCAUUGUUAGGCUUGGGAGCAGCUGUACCCACACAGUCUCCGGGACUUUUCGCUGGAUUACAGAAGAACGACGAACCAUCGGCAUUCACUCCGAAUCCAGUACGUCCCGCAUCGGCAAUACGGCGACGUCUUUCUCCGGAAGAUGCCGCACCGCCGAAGAAAAAUCCGCGCACCGAGGAUGAAAGCGAACAGCUGAUCGUUGUGGAUGACGGUGACCUCGCCGAACCGGCUGCUCGACGCCAGAUGAACGUGAAAAAAGAACGUUGCACGUUUUGCAGCAAGGUGUUCACAAAUCGCUCAAACUUGAUUGUUCACCUGCGCAGUCACACUGGUGAGAAACCCUACCAAUGCAAACUCUGCCCAUAUGCAUGUGCCCAGAGUUCUAAACUUACCCGGCAUAUGCGAACACAUGGUCAGCAAGGAAAGGAAACCUACCGCUGCUACAUCUGUCAAAUGCCUUUCUCGGUUCAUUCCACCUUGGAAAAGCAUAUGAGAAAAUGUGUCGUGAACAACAGUCAAGCAGCUGCAAGAGAUGGUUCGCCAGGAACAGAUCGACCUCGUCCAACUCCAUCAGCAUUGGCCGAUGCGACAUCUCUGCUUGCGCUGUCGAAUCCACCAUGUCCUCCGCCGUCAACGGUGUCCCAGAGCAAUCAAAUUGUUCUGAAUUGGCUGCAUGCGCUUAACGUCUCUCAUGGCCCCAUCACCCAACCGCUGGCUUCCAGUGGUUCUCUUGGAGCAAAAGAAGAAUUCCAAGACGUUGACGAGGACAUGGAAGAUUCUGAAGCUUGUGAGCUGAAUGAACGACUCAAGAAGGAAGCAGCCGAGUCGUCAGCCGUCACCGUCUGAACUCAGUACGAGCUAGCCGUUCCAUCGCUUCUGUAGGUACUCGCACCUAGGCGUACACUCUGCCCCUCGGCCACUGCUGCUGCUAUCGCUGCUGAUGCUUCCGAGCUCUGUAUCUAUCCCAUUCGUCGCGCUGUGAAGAGCUAGCUAUCCGUCGUCGCUAGUUUUAGUCACACAUCUCUCGGUCUACACGGCUCUCUUCCAGCGUCGUCGCCGCAUCACGCGUACAGUACAUGUACCGUACUCCCACCGUAUGUCCCAACAUCCUACUAUAACACCUCUUCACUAUCUCGCUGUCCACGUAUCUUUCACCAAGGAAAAGUUUUACGCGCUGUAUCCACCGCCACCCUCUGAUUGAUCCAACUGAUUGAUAUUAUGUGUGUUCAAUGUGUGUGUGUCCUUACAUCCAUAUAUGGAUUAUAAUCGUGGUUCUUUCGUCACUCCCGGUUAGCGUUACUCGCGAGCGCGCGUAUCUUCAGUAUAUUCCCCCAUUCCUCUACUCAUACAUACUGCACAGAUUCGAAACACUUCAACUUCGCUAUAUGGCCUUUACAGACUUCUAUAUACAUACAAAUAUGUUCAGAGUACAUAGCUGUUCCUCUACUAUUCUCUUUCGGUUAGUGCCCGGUGUAGUUGUUAUUGUUUUACUCUUUUCUCUCACUGUCGUUCUCGUCAUCAUUUUAUCAUCAGUGAUCAUUCUCUUGAAAACAAUAUCCUUUUUAGUACAAGGUGAUAUGUUCGCUGCUGCCUCACACCCCCACUCUCUCGUACUUCUGUGUCUGUCAGUCUCUGCGUGUGUGUGCGUGUGUGUACGCAAUAUCCACGAAACUCUGUAUGUGUGUGUGUACUUUCCCUAGUUCAUAUGUUUAGUUGUGUGUAUGUGUAUCCGUGUGUGUGUGUGUUUACUUUAUAUCACCAUGUCUGUUGGUUCAUAGUGUCCUUAGGCAUUCGACUAGAUUCUUCCCGACCUCGGCGACAUCUAUGUAUCCUGCUUUGUACUAUUUUACGUCGCCCUCCCCUCUAGAUGUGAUACAAGAGCCUCUUUCCUCUAAUGACACACGUCGAUACUGUUUCAUCCUUCAGCACACAUCCUUCGUUUCAGAUUAUAAUGUUUGUGUACAUUUCUUAGCUAUCAUUUGGGACAGGCACAAAUUGGCCCAAAAUCAUGCUUUUCAGAAGUUCAAACUCUUUGAAACUUGCCGAUUUGUGCAUGUCUUGUACAUAGUAUUUCAUUUCAUCCUAUCUCCCCUUAUCUCUCUCUCGCGAACAUCUCCGCCCUUGUUUUUCUCUCUCUCCAAAUAUGCUAGAAGCCGCUAGUUGUUCUCAUCUCUGACGGUAGCGGAAUUCGAAGCAGAACGGCACCCGAUUCGUCUUUCGCCGCCCACCACCCAUCCCAUUCAGUCCUGCCCAUUUUUUAUAUGAAUGCAUAUAGCUCUGCUACCCCCUCCCAGUUCUUUUCCGGUUCUAUGCUCCCGGUUUCGCAUUUCUUCCACCAUUAUCUCGGUGAACUGUUAAAUGAACAUUAGCUAUAAUCUAAUAUCUAUUUUUUUCUGCAGCACACCCGGUGAAGUGUACAGAAAUUUGUCUAUGUUUACAUCGUUUCAUUAGUUUAUUUCUCACAAUUUCUCGAAAUAAUUAUCCCAGUGUUGAAUUUGCUCCUGCCUCAUCUCUUCUCUUUGCCCCGUAGUAUCAUCCCGGUCUUUUUAUUCUAUCUACCGAUCAUCCCGUUGAAACCGUCGAGUGAACCGUGAUAUGACUGUGCACACCCCAAUCGUCCCCGAUUUACGCUAUUAACAUGUAAUAUUCGAUCAUUUAUUGUAUUUUUAUGCUCUUCAAUUGUAUAUUGCAGUUAAUAAAACAGUUAAGCG